UGGCUGGAGCGAGUGUGGGAAAGAAUGCCGAGCCGGGUUCACACACCCCGCGGCGGCUGUGCCUUAAAUAGCCGGGCGGCUGGCGACGCGCGCGCUGGCCUGGAGCCUGGGACCCGCUGGAGAGGGAUACGGAGGGCGGCGCGCCCCGCCUGGCACUGGGAGGCGCGGGAGCGCAUCAUGCCUGCAGACAUCCCGGGGAAGCCGAGAGCCUCGCCGCUGGCAGGAGCGCCGGCCAGCGCCAGCCGAACCCCAAACAAGCCGCGGAGGGCGGCCGAGCACCGAAAGUCUUCCAAGCCGGUCAUGGAGAAGCGGCGCCGAGCGCGCAUCAACGAUAGCCUCGCUCAGCUCAAGACCCUCAUCCUUGACGCCCUCAGGAAAGAUGUGAGUCGGGGGCGGCGGGUGGGGAGGGAGAUCGAUGGGCUGAGGCGCGGAGCCCAGAGUCUCGGGCACUACUGGGCUGCAAGCCGCCCACACCGGUCCUGCCCCCAGAGCUCGCGCCACUCGAAGCUGGAGAAGGCGGACAUCCUAGAAAUGACUGUAAGGCACCUGCAGAGCCUGCGGCGCGUGCAGGUGACAGCCGCGCUCAGCGCCGACCCCGCCGUCCUCGGCAAGUACCGCGCCGGUUUCAACGAGUGUCUGGCCGAGGUGAAUCGCUUCCUGGCCGGCUGCGAGGGCGUCCCGGCCGACGUGCGUUCUCGCCUGCUCGGCCACCUGGCGGCCUGCCUGGGCCAGCUGGGGCCCUCGUGUCAACCGGCCCCACCGCCUCCUGCUGCGGAGGUCCCGGUGCCCGAGGUCUACGCCGGGCGCCCGCUGCUCCCCACGUUCGACGGCCCCUUCCCCUUGCUGCGCCCCGGGGCCACCUUCGCGCUGCCGCUCCUCCCGGGCCUGACCGGAGCGCCCGCCGCACCCAGAUCGGGGCCGCAGGGCCAGGGCGCGCCUUGGAGGCCGUGGCUGCGGUGAGGCCGCGGCGCUCGGACUGGAGCGGAGGCCGCGCCCCGUUUUAGAGCCGCAGCCUUUGCUGAGACUGUACCAGACAAUAUUUAUUUCCUCAAA